CGCACAAUGCACAGUAUACGUGUGUGAGUCGAGUGCUAUGGUCGAGCUCCUGUUCAACUAAUGAGGCCAUUUCAUAUAGACUAAACAUCAAUUCACAACACUGCCAGGAGGGAAAGAAAAAUGUCGGAAACCACUGUUAACGUCGUUGUUGGCAACAUCACAAUGGUUGAUCCAGAAGUUUACAGAUAUUGGCUGGAUGGUUAUUCUGCUUAUGAAGCUGCCAGAAGGAGGCAUCAGAAGGUGAAUCGACAGAAGCCAGGUUAUUCCUUUGAGAUCAUCAAGAACGAUACUGAUGAUAAUUACAGAGCUUUCAUCGCCAUGGAGAAUUAUCUACAAAAUCCCAUCAGUCUUGCCAAUCAACCAUUAUUUCAACUCCCUUCAGACAUGCAAGGUUUCCUCAUAGAAAAUUUCUAUGAAUUGGAUUCCUCCGUUGCAAGAGAGAUACUCGGUAAGAAGCUAUCCAGCAGACAUAGGAAGGACUUGGAUGAGAUUAGAGACAAGACCAAUGUGGCUCUUAGAAGUUGCAGAAGACAGUAUGAUAAUUUUAAAAGAGUUUUCAAGACGGUGGAGGACAUGGAAGGCCCAAUGGUGAAGAACAUCCAGAAACAUUUCCUUCUCUCUGAAGAACUUGCCAAGAAGUAUGCUGCAAUUGUGUUCUUUGCCAACAAUCGUUUUGAGACUGGUAAGAAGCGUGUCCAGUACCUGACCUUCAAUGACCUCGCCUACUGUGCAGAUGAAAUGAUCAGCAGUUGGACUGUAGGCUCAGUGGAUUCCAGGAAAGAAGACUUGGAUGCAGAUUUUGACCGAGAAUUUCUUCAGACGCUGAGAGAACUCAAGUUUCUGGCCUAUGACAAAGAUGCAAGUGAUCAACAUAGAACAUUGCUGUGCAACACCAUUAAAGGAAAGAUCUCAGAUCGGGCCUAUUCAGAUAUUGAAAGUGAUUUCAAGACCGUCUCUCGUGCAAUCAUCAGCAUCGCAAGUGGAAUGAUCCACUCCAAAGAACUCAGGGACUUCUUCAAUGAUGUCGUAGAGAAGAUUGUGGAGCCAUGUAGGCAUUCAUCGUGGACAGCAGAUGACAUGAGCAAGUUUCUCACAGUCUAUACCAGCAGUGCCUAUCAAGUUGAAGCGAUGGGCAGGAAUCCGAGGCUGCACUCCACUCUACAGCGUUACAUGUCAACACUCAAGAAGUGUACCAUAACGAUGUACCACAGCUGAGGGCCAC